CUGUAUACAGUCAUGCUGGUCACUUGUUAUUCUGAGGGAGAAGAAGGACUUAGGACGACCAUGGACAGUUUGUCAAACACGGCCUAUUCUAAAGAUCAUAAAAUAUUUUUUGUAAUUGCAGAUGGAUUGAUCACAGGAGCUGGGGAAGAGAGGUCAACACCUGAUAUUCUUGUCGACAUGCUAGAUAUUGAUACUUCCAUGGAUAAUCCAAAACCAUGCUCUUAUAUUGCUGUAGCCACAGGAGAAAAGCAACUUAAUAUGGCCAAAGUGUAUGCUGGGCACUACAAUGGUGUACCUUGUAUUGCCGUUAUCAAAUGUGGAACAGAAGAAGAGCAACAGGGGCCCAAGGCAGGCAAUCGAGGUAAACGCGAUUCUCAAGUCAUCCUUAUGUCGUUCUUUCAGCGUGUUUUACUUAAUGAUCGAUUGACUGAACUGGAUUAUGAAAUUUUUUGGAAGAUGACAUGGCUCAUGAAGGGCGUUACACCUGAUAAAUUUGAAACUGUAUUAAUGGUAGAUGCUGACACAAAAGUAUUACCAGAUGCUUUAACAUACAUGGUUGCAGCUAUGGCAAACGAUAUCACAAUUAUGGGACUCUGUGGUGAGACAAGGAUUGCCAACAAGAGUGAGACAUGGGUAACAGCAAUUCAAGUCUUUGAAUACUAUAUUUCGCAUCAUUAUGCCAAGGCAUUUGAAUCUCUGUUCGGUAUGGUUACUUGUCUCCCAGGAUGCUUUAGCAUGUAUCGUAUCAAGGCACCUAAGCAUGGUGGUUGGGUACCUAUUCUUGCCAACCCAGAUAUUGUACUCGAAUAUAAUCAGAGUAUAGUAAGAACAUUACAUGAAAAAAACUUGCUACUGUUGGGAGAAGAUCGAUUUUUAUCCACAUUGAUGAUACGCACAUUUCCUAAGCGGCAAAUGAUGUUUGUGCCACAGGCACGUUGUCGAACAGUAGUUCCUGACACAUUAGGCGUUCUUCUAUCCCAACGUCGACGAUGGAUCAAUUCAACUGUGCAUAACCUAAUGGAGCUAGUUCUUGUCUCGGACUUGUGUGGAAUUGCAUGUCUGUCAAUGCAAUUUUCAGUAUUUGUGGAUCUCAUUGGUACAUUGGUUCUACCGGCAGCCAUUGUUAUGUCGAUUUAUUUGAUUAUUCAAGCAGCAACAUCUACCAAUCCUGAAUGGCAAUCACUAGGCCUAUUGCUAGCUAUUUUGUUUUUACCUGCUGUGUUAAUAGCUAUGACAACAUUCAAAGUGGCAUAUAUUGGAUGGUUAAUAAUCUACAUUUGUGCCUUACCUAUUUGGAAUAUGCUACUCCCCCUGUACUCAUUCUGGCAUUUUGAUGAUUUUUCAUGGGGAGCAACGCGCGUAGUUAGGGGAGAGAAGACAAACCAAGGGCAUGGAGAUGGAAGCGGCAAAUUUGAUUCUAAACGAAUUACGUUGAAAACAUGGCAAGCUUGGGAGGCUGACCGU